GUAAUGGAGAAGAUUGCUAUGCCAGUACUAAAUAAGGACAUUCCGAGAGAUCCGUCAUUUCAUAAGUUGAUCACGCAGUUUCAGAAUUCUCGCACGGAUCCUAAAUCUCCGCUGAGGCGCAGAACUCUUCAGCGGGAGAGAUCUGUGAGGAACAUCAUUCCAAAGAUCCAGAACUUAUUUUGGAAAAGUUCUUCCCAAAUAAAUUUGAAGAAUGAGAAACUUCCUUCACUGAAAUCACUGACUAAGGGGAGUGAAACAAUGCGGAAAUCUCAAGGAAUUGAAUCAAUCCAGAAGAUGCAAGCUAAAAAUACAGAACUUAAGAAGCAGAGGUAUAUGUAUAAGAGAGUUCCUACUAAAUAUUUGUACUCCCAGCUAGAUUCUACAAUGAAGAGGAGUAAAAAGUUGGUACAGAAGGAUGGGUCUGCUGACACACCAAUCGAUAUUGUUGGAGGACAAUUAAGCCCGAGAAAUGAUUGUCAAUUCAUGCAAGAUCUAGUGAAGAAACUUGAUGGAAUCAAGCCCACUGGUGGCCAUUCUGAUGGUAGCUCUAGGAUAACCUCGAUGUUCCGUGCAGGAUCGUUUCACUCAACUAUUGAUCUUAAAACUGUCAGGAAGGAACUCGAGCAAAAAUAUGAACGAUUCGUUGUCAGAGUAAAGAAGAAAUAUCACCCAGCUUAUGACAGCAGAGGCACUAAGAGCAAGUUUAUAGAGAAGACUAACAAUAAUAAGCCAAACGAAUCUGACAGUGAGGUGGGCUUUACAGAAGACGAGGACUGAAACCAUGCUCAGGUACCAAAAAUCACGGUUGACAAUCAGCUAAAUAGCUUUAAGAUUACACCUGAAGUGAGGAAGGCUGUCAAGAAGCAUCUUCCUCAGGCUAAACCUAGUCCUCGUUACAAUAAUUUAAGCAGGGAGGAGAAAAUUGAACUGUGAAGGAGAGGCUUAGAUAUCAGAUGUGUGUCUAAAAUCGACCAUAUCCGUGUAAGUAAGGAAGAUUCUGUCCCUCUCAGCAGCGAUAGCAUUAAGCCACUAAUCCUGAUGCCAGGGACACACAGGAGCAUGUAAGCCUCUGUAAACCCUCUCAACUAUAUUGGAGUAUUCUGUAGAAUUUUU